GUCAAGAUAGUAACCAAUGGCUGCAAUCAUGUUAAGUAAUCGUUUUCCAUCUUUAUUUGUUACAACAUGCAAUGCACAUAGUUGAGUACAGUCAUAACAACGUAAGAAGUUUAAGUGGUACUUCAAAGAAAUUGAAGAAUGGAACAGACAUCAAAAAAAAUGUUGACAUACACUUCUGUUUACGACAAGAGGAUUGCUGCGAAUAUUGAAAACGAAUUUUCUAGACUUCAAGGACAAUGUUAUUUGGAUCAUGCUGGUGCUACACUGUAUUCCAACACACAAAUCAAAAAUGUAAGCGAUGAUUUAUGUAACUCUCUUUAUGGCAAUCCACAUUCCAUUGGCCUUGCAGGUGGUAUUACUCAUGAUAACAUUGAACAAAUAAGACAUAGAAUAUUGAGUCAUUUUCACACAUCAUCAGAAGAAUACAGUGUUAUUUUUACAUCAGGAGCAACACAAUCUUUAAAAAUUAUCGCUGAAACAUUUCGCUUUACGAAUAAUAAAAAUAAUGAUGUUCAUUUUCAAUCUACAGGACAUUUUAUUUAUAUGCAAGACAAUCAUACUUCAGUUCUUGGAAUGAGAGAGAUUGUCUCUCAAAAAAAGGUUAAAAUAACUUGUCUUAGUCAUAAACAUGCAUUUCAAGUAUUAGAACAAUCAGUAAAUUCUUCGAAUAAUAAUGUAGCAAGUGACAAUAAUUCUCUUUUUGUUUAUCCUGCCCAAUGCAAUUUUUCUGGUGCAAAAUAUCCACUCGAGUGGAUUCAAAAUGUACACAAUAAUGUGCUUUCCAGCGUCACUGGUCAAUUAAAUACAAAGUGCUAUGUUCUCCUGGAUGCAGCAGGUUUUGUACCAACAAAUGAUUUAAAUUUAUCCAUAUUUAAACCAGAUUUUGUGUGUAUAUCUUUUUAUAAGAUGUUUGGAUAUCCAACUGGUAUUGGUGCCUUAAUAGUAAAGAAUUCUAGUGCAGAUGUUCUUGAUAAAGUCUAUUACGGAGGAGGCACUGUAAAUGUUUCUCUUAGUUCUGAAAUGUUUCAUGUGAAGCGUCAAAACUUAUAUCAAAGAUUCGAAGAUGGAACCAUACCAUUUUUAUCUAUAAUAUCACUACAAUAUGGAUUAGAUAUAUUUUUAAAAAUUAGUAUAAAGCAAAUAUCAAGUCAUGUAUUCGCACUUGCUAAAUAUUUGCAUCACACUCUAUUAAGAUUGCAUCAUUGUAAUGGUGCACCUGUUGUAAAAAUUUAUUCAGAUAAUAACUAUGAAGAUCCUAACUUACAAGGAGGAAUUGUUACAUUUAAUAUUCUUAGAUCCAAUGGCGAAUAUGUUGGAUAUAUGGAAGUUGCACAUAUGGCUGCACUUUUUAAAAUACAUCUCAGAACUGGUUGUUUCUGUAAUCCUGGUGCAUGCCAAAGACAUCUAUCCCUUAAAAAUGAGGAAAUUUUACAAAAUUAUGAUGCAGGCUAUGUAUGCGGUGGUGCUGCAGACAUAAUAAAUGGUAAACCAACUGGUGCUAUACGAAUUUCAUUUGGAUAUAUGUCUGUGAUUAAAGAUGUUGAGACUUUAUUACAAAUGAUAACUAAAUGCUUUUUGAGCAAAUCAGAAAAAAAUGUAAACAUAUCAGAAGUGCGUAAAUUAAAUCAGGUUGAGACUAAAAAUAAGAAAUAUGUUAUAAAUGAUAAAGAUAAUACAAAAGAAUUUGAGGAUAAGGCAUGGUAUUCAUCAUUUUUAUAUGGUGUAAAAUAUUUAAAAAAUACUAAUAACUUAAGAAGUAAUAUUACUCUAAAACGAUUGUUUAUAUAUCCUAUAAAAUCAUGUGGAGCAUUUGAAAUAACUACUUCUUGGACUUUGAAUGAGAAAGGUUUAGAAUAUGAUAGAGAAUGGAUGAUAAUGACAUCAAAUGGAAUUUGUUUAACUCAAAAACAACAAACUAAUCUUUGUUUAAUUAAACCAUUUAUAUCCAAAGAAAUGCAAGUCAUAAGAUUAACAUAUCCAGGAAUGCCAUUAGUAGAAGUACCUUUGAAGUAUUCUGAAGAUUAUGUAAAUGGUACAAUAUGCCAAAGUAGAGUUUGCGGACAAAAAGUUCAAGGCAUUGAUUGUGGAAAAGAUGUGUCUGAGUGGUUAAGCUUAGCUAUUGGUCAUCCAAAUUUAAAACUUGUUAGGCAAAUUAAUCAUGAAAUCAAAGAUAAACCAAAGCAAGGAUUACAUAAUCCAAAACUAUCCUUUUCGAGUCAAGCUCAAUAUCUAUUAUUGAAUGAAGAAAGUAUAUCAUGGUUAUGUAGUAGAAUUAUUAAUGCAGAAGAUUUUAACAAAGAUACGGUAUUGCAUAGAUUUAGGGGAAACAUUGUUUUAAGUGGCUGCAAAGCUUUUGAAGAACUUUCAUGGAAAUUAAUACGAAUAGGCAAAACUGAAUUCCAGGUAAAUGGAUCUUGCACAAGAUGUCAAAUGAUAUGCAUUGAUCAAACAACAGGCAUAAAAACGGUAGAACCAUUACGUACAUUAGCAGAGGAAUUUCAUGGAAAAUUAAAAUUUGGCAUAUAUCUUACAAGAUUAACAACAAAAGAAGAAAUAUUAAAUAUUGGAGAUACAGUGUACUUUGAUUGAUAUGAAAUAAUAUAUAUACAUAUAUAUA